AUGCCCGGAGGCGUCCGAAAGUGGCCCGCAUGGCCGGAAUACACCGACAAGGACGCCCUUGAACCAAAAGACCCCGACUUUCUCGACACCAAGAAGACAAUUAUAUCCCAGUACGGUGCCGAGGCGUUGACAGAGAGUUGGCUUCGAGUCUGUGAACAGCUCAAGGCUGUCACUGAUGAGAUAGUCGACAAGGGUCGUGGCAUUAUUCCAGUCUUCAACGCCCGCAUGCUUCUCGACAAGGGCUUUACGGAAGCCGAAAUGGACGAGGCGAAGAGAGUCGGCACCUUUGUCAUUCGUGAGGUGGUUCCCAAAACCGAAACCACUCAACACUACGCAGACCUUAAACACUGCGUUGCCGAAAACAAGCAGAAGAUCCAGGGAUGGCCAAAGGAGACCCCUUCAAUGCUUAUGCUGUACGACUCCCCCACCCAAAACGCCGUAAGAUCACACCCAAACCACCUUCAACUUCAACGCCUUCUCAACCAGCUUUGGCACGAUGAAAGCGGUGAAGAUACGUCACCAGACCCUUUGGUUUACUAUGAUGGAGUACGAGACAGACCUCCGCGACAGAAAUUCCUCGGACUCGGGCCGCACAUUGACGCCGGGAGCCUAGCUCGAUGGGCAGAUGCGGCAUACAGAGAGGUAUAUGGCAACAUCUUUUCCGGAAAGCCUGAGCUACAUGAUCCCUAUGACCUCAGCUUGCGGAAAAUCGCAGACCAAGAGUUAUACCCAGGCGUUGCUCAUUCAUCGGUCUUUCGCUCAUUUCAAGGGUGGACUGCCCUGACACGAACUGCCCCGAGCGAGGGAACACUCCUCGUCUACCCCAACGUGGCUACUGUCAUUACAUACAUGGUUCUAAGACCAUUUUUCAAGCCUCCCGUCGACUCUGUGGACGUAAUGGAUGCGACCAAGUGGACUCUUGAUGAGUCCGGUCUUUUCCCCGGGACGAGCCAGUGGCUUAGUCGUUCGUCGCAUCCUCACCUGAGGCUGGAAGAGUGCUUGAUUCAUGUACCAAAGAUGGAGCCGGGCGACACUGUCUGGUGGCAUGCUGAUGUCUGCCAUGCAGUUGAUCCAGUGCACGAGGGAUCGGAAAAUGCAUUAGUUUUGUAUAUCGCCGCGUGUCCCACGACUAUAAACAACAAGGCGUAUGUGAGAAGACAACUGUCCGAGACUCUUUAUGGAAGACCACCGCCAGACUAG